AUGUCAGACUCGUCAAGCGACAUCUUCAGCAGCGAAGACGAAGAUUCCAUCUCCAUCUCCGCCUUCCCACCCACCUGCCACCCACCAGCUAUGCAAAUAUCCCUUCCCCCGUCCUCCCAUUUCAUGGACUUCCACGACCGCGCGCAGCUCACGCCGAUAUCAGAGACGUCAGAGAUGGACGAGGACGAGGACGAGGACGAGGAGCAGACACCUGCCCUGGACACCGCGUCGCAGACCCCCAGCUUGACCUCCGCGAGCUCGGUGGAGUCGUACGGGAACCCAAAGACGCUGAGGAGGGUCGGAAGAAGCCGGAAGUGGUACCGGGCGAGGGAGGAGAGCCGGCAGGCUAAGCGAAAACGGGAGCAGGAGCAGGAGCAGGAGAUGGAGAUGGAUUUGUUGGAUAGUGGGAGCGAGAGCGAGAGUGAGUAUAGUGACAGCGAGGAGGGGUAUUAGUGGGCGGUGCCGAGCAAGGACUUCAGGACUGUGAAAGAUGUUGAUAGAAUGUAACUUAUGCCGGCUGGGGGCAAUAUGUUAUUAUGACAUGUAUCGUGUAUUAUGAAUUGUUAGUUUAUGAUUGCAGUCUC